CCCAAUGGAUUCAAACACAUCAAGCUUUCUUUUGAACUCUUCAAAUUUUCACUCAGUUUUCUACCAAGACAAACAGGAUGAUGGCAUAAUUGAUCUUGGUCUUAGUCUCAGAACUGUUCAACGUGAACCAUAUCAUUCUUCUGGCAACUUGUAUGAUGAAGACAUUAUGAAUUGGCCUCACUCUAAUCUCAAUCUCAAGAAUUCAAGCACCAUGCAAACUAGAUCUGUCCAUGGAAAUUUUGAUGAAGAGAUAGAGGGGGUUCAGAGCAAUGAGAGAUGGGCUUAUGUGAAGGUUAACAUGGAUGGGGUUACCAUUGGUAGGAAAAUUUGUGUACUUGAUCAUGGAGGAUACUCAAGUCUAGCAAUCCAAUUAGAAGACAUGUUUGGAAGCCAAUCUCUAUCUGGUGUGAGAUUGUUUCAAUCGGGGUCAGAAUACUCAUUGUUCUUCAAAGACAGAGAAGAUAAUUGGAGGGCUGUGGGUGAUGUCCCUUGGAAGUAG